UUUGUCUCGAGCUCUGUUAUUAUCAAACUCCUAAAAGAAGACACUCACCUACCUAACCCCACCACAGAUCGCACAAAUGGAUUCUUCAUCGUCCAAAACCAAAACUUUAGCCCUUCCGCUUCACAUCUUAGGCUUCAAGAUCGAUGAACUAUCUACAACACGUGUUACCGGUCGUCUUCCCGUUUCUCAAAUCUGCUGUCAGCCUUUCAAAGUAUUACACGGUGGUGUAUCUGCUUUGAUCGCAGAGUCUUUAGCAAGUAUAGGAGCUUACAUGGCUACUGAUCUCAAAAGGAUCGCUGGAAUUCAACUCUCGAUCAACCACUUAAAGAGUGCCGAUCUUGGAGACACUGUGUUCGCCGAAGCAUCUCCUGUAAGCUCAGGCAAAACCAUUCAGGUUUGGGAAGUCAAGCUUUGGAAGUCAAGAAAAGAAUCGGAUAGCAAAACCUUAAUAUCUUCCUCUAGAGUAACACUCCUCUGUAAUCUUCCUACCCCUGGUCACGCCAAAAAUGCAUCGGACCCACUCAAAAUGAUCUCCAAAUUGUAGACUACAAACCUCUCUCUUUAUAUUUCUGAAUAUUGAUUCAUUGUAUUUUAUAUUUUGCUAAUGGCAUUUUUAAUUUUCACUUGUAUGGAUCUCUUAUUCUAAACAUUUACCCUUUUUGAUGAUGA